UGGCUGUUAACUUGGCUACAGUGAGUCGCGAGGUCCAUUUCGGAAGUAGACGCUUUGACUUUCGCUUCCUUAGCGGAAGCUUGUCCGACCUGGCGGUCGAUUCGUAGCGGAAGUUCGUCACGUCGCAGUUGUCUCCGCACAGCGGAUGUGUGUCGCCCCUGAGGUGACGCUGGGAAGUGCUUGCAGCCUCCGCCGCUGCCUUCUAGUUGAAGCGCUAUGGAGGGAGAGAGGAAGAACAACAACAAACGGUGGUAUUUUACUCGAGAACAGCUGGAAAAUAGCCCAUCCCGUCGUUUUGGCCUGGACCCAGAUAAAGAACUUUCUUAUCGCCAGCAGGCGGCCAAUCUUCUUCAGGACAUGGGACAACGUCUUAACGUCUCACAAUUGACUAUCAACACAGCUAUAGUAUACAUGCAUCGAUUCUACAUGAUUCAGUCUUUUACACAGUUUCAUCGAAAUUCUGUGGCUCCUGCAGCUUUGUUUCUGGCGGCUAAAGUGGAGGAACAGCCAAAAAAAUUGGAACAUGUCAUCAAGGUAGCACAUGCUUGUCUCCAUCCACAGGAAUCACUUCCUGAUACUAGGAGUGAGGCUUACCUGCAACAAGUUCAAGAUCUGGUGAUUUUAGAAAGCAUAAUUUUGCAAACUUUAGGCUUUGAAUUAACAAUUGAUCACCCACAUACACAUGUGGUAAAGUGCACUCAGCUUGUUCGAGCAAGCAAGGACUUAGCUCAGACAUCGUACUUCAUGGCAACCAACAGCCUGCAUUUGACCACAUUUAGCCUGCAGUACACACCUCCUGUGGUGGCCUGUGUCUGCAUCCAUCUGGCUUGCAAGUGGUCCAACUGGGAGAUCCCAGUCUCAACUGACGGGAAGCACUGGUGGGAAUAUGUUGACGCCACUGUGACCUUGGAACUUUUAGAUGAAUUGACACAUGAAUUUCUACAGAUUCUGGAGAAAACUCCCAGCAGGCUCAAACGCAUUCGGAAUUGGAGGGCAUGUCAGGCUGCCAGAAAAUCAAAAGCAGAUGACCGAGGAGCAGAUGAAAACACUUCAGAGCAGACAAUUCUCAAUAUGAUUUCCCAGAGCUCUUCCGAUACAACUAUUGCGGGUUUAAUGAGCAUGUCAACUUCAUCUACUACGAGUGCAGUGCCUUCUCUUCCAGUCUCUGAAGAGUCAUCAAGCAACUUAACCAAUGUGGAGAUGUUGCAGGGUGAACGUUGGAUAUCCUCCCAACCUCCUUUUAAACUAGAACCUGCUCAGGGUCAUCGGACUAAUGAGAAUUUAGCACUUAUAGGAGUCGAUCAUUCCUUGCAGCAGGAUGGUUCAAAUGCAUUUAUUUCCCAGAAGCAGAGUACUAAGAGUGUGCCAUCAACUAAAGUCUCCCUGAAAGAAUAUCGUGCAAAGCAUGCAGAAGAGUUGGCUGCCCAGAAGAGGCAACUAGAGAACACAGAGGCCAAUGUGAAGUCACAGUAUGCAUAUGCUGCUCAGAAUCUCCUGUCUCACCAUGAUAGCCAUUCUUCAGUCAUUCUAAAGAUGCCCUUAGAGGGCUCAGAAAACCCUGAGCGGCCUUUUCUAGAUAAGGCUGACAAAACAUCUCUCAAAAUGAGACUUCCAGUGACUGGUGGCGAUAAAGCUACCUCUUCAAAACCAGAGGAGAUAAAAAUGCGCAUUAAAGUCCAUGCAGCUGACAAGCAUAAUUCUGUAGAGGACAGUAUCACAAAGAGCCGGGAACACAAAGACAAGCACAAGACUCACCCAUCUAAUCACCAUCAUCAUCAUAAUCACCACUCACACAAGCACUCUUACUCACAGCUUCCAGCUGCUACUGGUAACAAACGUCCAGGUGAUCCAAAACAUAGCAGCCAGGCAAGCACGUUAGCACACAAAACCUAUAGCUUGUCUAGUUCUUUCUCAUCUUCGAGUUCCACUCGUAAAAGAGGUCCCCCUGAAGAGACUGGAGGGGCAGUAUUUGAUCAUCCAGCCAAGAUUGCCAAGAGUACUAAAUCCUCUUCCUUAAAUUUCUCCUUCCCUCCUCUUCCUACGAUGGCCCAGUUGCCUGGGCAUAGCUCAGACACAAGUGGCCUUCCCUUUUCACAGCCUAGCUGUAAAACUCGAGUUCCUCAUAUGAAACUGGAUAAAGGUCCCACUGGGGCCAAUGGUCACAACACAACCCAGUCAAUAGACUAUCAAGAUACUGUGAAUAUGCUUCACUCCCUGCUCAGUGCCCAAGGUGUUCAACCCACUCAGCCCCCUGCAUUUGAAUUUGUUCAUUCUUAUGGUGAAUAUCUCAAUCCACGGGCUAGUGGAAUGUCCUCCAGAUCUGGCAAUGCAGACAAACCCCGGCCACCACCUCUACCAUCAGAACCUCCUCCACCACUUCCACCCCUUCCUAAGUAAAAAAAAAAAAAAAAAAGAGGAGGAGAAAAAAAA